CCCUCCACAUGUUCGUCGGUUAGUGUUUGUUAGUCUGCAGUGAGAGAUGGAGCAGAUCAUGAAGUCCCUCGUUUUCCUCGCGUUUACCCUUCAGCUGUCCUCGGCAGCCACUCACUCUCUGCAGUACUUCUACACAACAGUCACAAAAGGAAUAAACUUCCCAGAGUUCACUACUGUGGGUCUGGUGGAUGGAGGGCAGUUUAUGUACUAUGACAGUGACACCAGUAAUGCAGUCGCAAAGACAGAGUGGAUAAAGAAGGUUGUUGGUGAUGAUCCAGAUUACUGGAACAGACAGACACAGGGUCUGCAGGGAGAUCAGGAGAUCUUCAAAGCUAAUGUGGCUACAGCAAUGCAGCGCUUCAAUCAGACUGAAG